GGGUGGUGGUUGUAUAAAAUAGCUGAGCAAUUACAUACAGCCAUCCAAUAGUCGGUGUAAGUUCGGUGACUAGUCAGUGAAUUUAGUGAUCAUUAUUUUCUGUUUUUUAAAUUUUCAAAAUGAACGGUCUUCUGUUGUGUCUCGUCGUGGCCACGAUCGCCAUCGUCACCGCUGAACCACCAAGCAGUUACAGCCGACCAUCGUUCGGAGGCCAUUCGUCCGGCGGUUUCGGUGGUUACUCUUCCGGCGGCGGUGGUGGAUACUCGUCCGGCGGCAGUGGAUACUCGUCCGGAGGCAGCGGUUACUCGUCCGGAGGCAGCGGAUACUCGUCCGGCGGCGGUGGAUACUCAUCCGGCGGCAGCGGAUACUCGUCCGGUGGAAGCUACGUGCCAGUAGCCCCAGGACCGUCCACAUACGAAGGACAGUACGUCGACGGACAACUGCUCGAACAGAUCAAGCAGAUCGUGCUCAGAGACGAAGCCCAAAACUCCGGAUCAUCCGGCGGAUAUCCUUCCUCGUCCUACGGCGCCCCGUCAUCGUCCUACGGCGCACCUUCAUCGUCCUACGGCGCCCCGUCCUCAUCUUACGGCGCACCGUCCUCGUCCUACGGCGUCCCAUCAUCGUCCUACGGAGUCCCGUCCCAAUCGUACUCGAGCCGCGUUGUUGGCGUUGAAUUGGAACAGGUGAAACCAGCCAUCCAAGUGGCUCAAUUCCAACAGUCCGGCGGCUACUCAUCCGGCGGUGGCGGCUACUCUUCCGGUGGCGGAUACUCCUCCGGCCCGUCGUCCUCGUACGGAGCUCCCUCCAGGCCGUCUUCGUCUUACGGAGCACCAUCGUCCUCUUACUAAUAGCGGCCGGUGCGCUCGAUUCGUCGACACCAUCUCGCACGAAAAACACCUCAAACCGCUGCAACCCGGAAAAUAUCAUCAUAACGUACACAGACUCCUCCGCUCUUCCGACGCCGCCGCGUGAUCGACCUGUACAGCUUUUACUGUUAUCAUAUCAUACACUCGCCAUCUCUGCGAUCUUCUCUAUUCGUGUAUGUUAUAUUAUAAAAUAUCAAAUAAACCGCGAGUGUACGAUACAUUAUAUUAUAACAGCAAUACGACGCAUCGUCGUGUGGAUGACAUAUUAUUAUAUUUUUAGUGAGCACAACGAAAUGUAAAUAUAUUAUCAUCAUCGACACGACAAUAACGCCGACACGGGGGCAGCGACGCGAAAGAGCACAUUUUUUUCGUAUUUUUUCUAAAAUGUAUUUUUUUUUAUACUUUGUUAUAUAUAUUAUAUAAUGUUUUUUUUUAUCUAUUGUUAUACGCGUGUAGUCGAAAAUUUAGCCAUAUCGCAUAUUUACAUUUGACAUAAUAUUACAAUAUUGAAUAUUAGACUAAAUGUAAUAUUUGUUUGAUCAUUUUUUUAUGUAUAAAAACAACACGGUCAAAAUAUGAGAGAUAAAAAAAAUCUAUUUUUUA